CAGCUUGAUGGCAAAAUAAUAACAGAUCCGAUAUGAUUUGACAAAGGGUGUAUUACCACACCGCGCGAGCUUUCUUGUGGUUACAUCUUCCAGCUCCUGGUUUUCACAGAAAGCUUAAAAGCCACAAAGGAGGGGAUACCCUUAGAUAUAACCGCACCAGGGGACCGCCUGCCCAAGGUGACUUCGGAGCCAUGCACUUUCCCUCAAAAAUUCAGUUGCGAUACGGCGAUGAGGCGCGCAAUCUCACGGAUGACAAUCAGACCCUGUUUCCGAACCUUUCGGACUACCCGAUCAUGGGUCACCCCUCCAACUUGAGUGGGACAAAAAACGACAGUGACCCUUUUGGUCGUAAUGAGGAGGUGGCAAAAAUUGAGAUUACAGUUCUAAGUGUUACCUUCCUAGUGGCAGUGAUCGGAAACGUUAGUGUACUUUUGGCCAUGCACAAUACGAAGAAGAAGGGCUCGCGCAUGCACCUCUUCAUCAAACACCUGAGCCUCGCGGACUUGGUGGUGGCGUUCUUCCAGGUGUUACCGCAGCUCUGCUGGGAGAUAACCUACCGCUUUUAUGGACCAGACUUCUUGUGUCGGAUAGUCAAACACUUGCAGGUCCUCGGCAUGUUCGCCUCGACUUACAUGAUGGUGAUGAUGACGCUCGACCGCUACAUUGCCAUCUGUCAUCCACUGAAGACCCUGCAACAGCCAACACAGCGCGCCUACAUCAUGAUUGGGUCCACUUGGUUGUGCAGCCUGUUGCUCAGUACUCCACAGUACUUCAUUUUUUCCCUCAGCGAAAUUCAGAACGGCUCCGACGUAUAUGACUGCUGGGCCCACUUCAUUGAGCCAUGGGGCUUGCGCGCCUACAUCACCUGGAUCACAGUGGGUAUCUUCCUCAUUCCUGUCAUUAUUCUCAUGGUCUGCUAUAGCUUCAUCUGCCGCAGUAUCUGGAAGAACAUCAAGUACAAAACCAAGAAGUGCACGGCGCACACUUCAGCAGGUAAAAACGGCCUGAUUGGGAAGUCAUCGGUCAGCAGUGUCACCAUUAUCUCGCGCGCCAAGCUGCGGACAGUGAAAAUGACUUUCGUGAUCGUGCUUGCUUACAUCGUAUGCUGGGCGCCGUUCUUCACCGUGCAGAUGUGGUCAGUGUGGGACAAAAAUUUCUCUUGGCACGAUUCCGAAAAUACGGCGGUGACGUUGUCUGCGCUGCUCGCGAGUUUGAACAGCUGCUGCAAUCCUUGGAUCUACAUGCUCUUCAGUGGUCAUUUGUUGUAUGACUUCGCGCGCUGUUUCCCGUGCUGUAACAAACUGCGGCACACAUUUAGGAAAGAGGACUCGGACAGCAGCAUUCGAAGGACCACUCUGUUGACUAAACUGCCCGCCGUUCGGACCCCAACGAACGGGUCCGAUUCCUGGAGAGACAAUGACAACUCCCGCAAGUCCAGCCAGUGCAUCCCGUUAGACUGUUCACGCAAAUCUAGUCAGUGUGGUCCACUGGACUACUCGCGUAAAUCCAGUCAGAGUGUUCCACUCGAAUCCUGAAAGUACCUCGACCACAGAUAUUUACUGACAAUGGACAGUAAAUGAGGUCAUCUAGCACCACAGUUCUGGUCGUGUUAAGAUUGCAGCGGUUAAAUUAUUAGUUGGAUAUUUUUAGUCAUUGCGAACAUUUUAUGUCCAGAAAAGCUGGUGCCAAAAGUUUCAGACCAAUGAGUCAUAUAUGAUUUGUUUGAUCUAUUCUGGGGCAAAAUGUAUAUAUAAUAUUUUUCUACGUGCGUAAUGUGAAUCUGAAGACUGUGGAGUUAAAACCAUAGAUGCUUUAGCGCAGCAGACUACUCGUUAAACGUCUGUAAGUACUUCGCAUAAGUGCGCCUCUGCCUUCAGCUGUUGAAAAGAGAGUCAGCGCAGGUUGUCGUGCCAGCACAGUCAAGAUUUUUGCUUUAGAUGCUGCAGUGUGCAUGUGCGUUGCGAGCGUAGAACACACAAGAUGUGCGCUCCGACUGACACGCAUGCGGAAAAGCGCCGAAAGUUGUUCCAGGGCUAGUGUGGUUACGGACACAGAUGAUUUCUGAUUCUAAAUAGAGCAAGAGUACUCCUCUGUGUCCUGUCAUCGGCAAAACAGUAUAUUAAUUAUCAUGUCAUUACGUACCCUUACCACAGUAAUUGAAACUGCACUUUUAUAAUGAGAGAAUGCCUGUGACUUUUCUUUAGUUUGUUCGUUUGCUUACUUUUGUAUGGGAACCGUUGUAGCCUCCAUUACAAAGGCUCUGUAAUUGAGUUUUACAGUAAAGAAUGAAUGUCGAUCUACAUAUUUUAUUUGUUUACAAUAAUGAGAGACAUAGUGUGUAUGGGGGAAAUGUAUAUAUGCGAUUUUAUGUUAUUGUAUAGGUUUGUGUGUGUGUGUGUGUU